UGGCUCUUCUUCAUUAAAUAGCUUCAUGGCACCAAGAACAGCUUUGCCUUUUCUUGCCGGUCGUUUAAUUUACGUAGAUGAUCUAGCUAAGCUAGGUUAAUUCGUCAAAUUCCUCUUGCAUUUUCCUUUGAGAAUUGAGAUUCAGAUUAGAUUGCAGCGUUGGCCUGUUUGGAGACCGUACGUACCUGCUGCGUCCUUGUCAGGAGGGAGCAAUAACACGCAAUCGACAUGAACAAAACAGCCGGGGUGCUUUGCUUUUCGCGUUGUUCCAAGCUCUGGUAGGCGUCAUGGGGGAAGCGAAUGCUGAACCUACGAAUAGCAUCACCGUAGACGUGAGAGUGUACAUGCACUGCGACGCCUGCGAGAGAUUAGUACGCCGCACCAUCAAGAAGAUGGAUGGCGUCGAGACGGUGGAGGUGGACAGGGAGGAGAACAAGAUAACGGUAACAGGGGAUUUCAAAGCCCACAAGUUGCUGAAGAAGAUCAAGAAGAAGACCGGGAAGAAGGCGGAGAUAUUGGUCCCGGAACCUGAGGUAAAUGAGGAAGAACACCAGGAGGAAGCCGAGGAGGUUCAUGCUCCUUACAGCGAUCCGGUGCCGGACAUGGACCAUGUUCUAAAUAACGAGUUCCUGCGGCCGGCACGAUGGGACCAUCAUUACUUCGAUGACGAGAACACGGAAGCGUGUAGGAUAAUGUAGCCGUAGCGAUACUGUUAGGAGCGGUCCUUACUAACUAUGCAUUGGUUACUUAUAGCUUACACUUGUAAACAUAUCACAGCAGGCCUAUUAGCUCAGCUGGUUAGAGCGUCGUGCUAAUAACGCGAAGGUCACAGGUUCGAGACCUGUAUGGGCCAUUCUUUUUUCUGAAUUAGCUUUCCUGAAGGUCUGGAAUGUUGUUUUUUCUGCAAAUAAGCGGGUUCGAGACCUGUAUGAGCCAUUCUUUUUUCUGAA